AUCGCAGUCAGCAACAGAAUGUCCGACAUGAUGCCGUUCCGGCUGGCUUUCCAUGACGUCAACAGCAAGCCCAGACGGAAUAGGCCCAGGGUGAAUGCAAACUGGAUCAUCGAAGCGAGCAGGCGCGAGAAACUGCCGUUUGCGCUGAUGCACAGUGUCGAGCUGUAUGAGAAGGUGCUGCGCGCGGAGAACAGACACAAAGGCGAUUGGGCUGCAGUCGGCAAGGAGCUGAACCUAGCGCCAGCUGCAUGCUACAACCUUGCCAGGCGGAUCUCAGAGCUGCUGCCAACUGUCAGCUUUGUGCCUCCCGAUGAGGUCGAUAUCGAGGUCCUUGCUCAUCAACAUCCAGCUAA